GACACCUGAUAUGGUAUAAUUCCAUGUGUCUAGCACUGUCUAAGUCAUUCUUCGGCAAACACGGCCAGCCUUCACAGCACGCACGGAUGAGCGGCCUUCCUCCCUCCAUAUGUGUCCCUGUCCAGCUGUCGGUCUGUCUUGUCUAUCUGCCUGUCUGUCUGUGUGUCUGUGUGUCUGUGUGUCUGUGUGUCUGUCUAGCUGCCGCCCCUCGCCCGCCACAGCCCAGGAUGGCUGGCAAGCUUCCUCAACACAUCUGCAUAAGCACUCCUGCUCAUCACGCCACCCUCACCACCACCAGCCGCAGCAGCACCCCUCUUCACCUCUCGCUGACCCUCCCUCUCCCUCUCCCUGCCCUUCGGCGGCGUGCGGCUUCUCACUGGUGUGCGGGGCCUUUCCCGCUCCCUCGCACCAUACCUGCUGAUACACCCAUUGCUGCCCUUGGUAUGCUGCUGCUGCUGCUGCUGCUGCUGCGUCACGGCCGUGUUGCCUUUUGUGACAUAGGGUGACUUGUUGCGGCUGUUGUUGUGUGGUGGGCUUUGUCGGGGCCUUUCGGGUGAGGGCGACACGGGGAAUUGGGGCGUAUGGGAUAUGGGUGGUGGGGCGGGGGAGAGUGUGCGGCUCUUGCUGCUGCUGAGUGGCUGGGGCGGUGGGGGUGUGGGGCAUGGCGAGGAGGAAGAGAGUUUGAGGGGAGCGCUCUGCAGCAGGCUGGUGAGCGUGGCAUUCUGGUCGAUGAGGGACUCGUAUGCACACCAGAACGACUGCAUGCAUUGAUCACACAUGACAUGAGAGAGAGAUGGACGAGUCUGAGAGAGAGAGACACGAGCCCGUGCUGACCGACCGACCUGCAGGUGGUAGCGGAUGUGUGUGGUCUCUGCCAGCAGCCGUGGCUGCGAUGUCAAUCCCCUCUCGAGACGCUCCAGAGCUAUCAUGCACCCCUUCUUCUGCACACAGGCAGCCAACCAGACACACAAACGAAUCAACGCCCGCUGAGCGGCUUCAUUUCGUGUAAUGUGGCCGGCCCACGUCGAGUCUUCUGGGGUUGGAAGGGUGCAGAAAUUUGGUCAGCAACGAUCUGCGACGGCUGUCCUCCUCACGGACCAAACCCUCAUGAGCCGACAGGGCGCUCUUCACACCUGGACACAGGGGGAAUACACAGACAGAGACACAGAGGGAGAGACACGUGCACCCAUGGGGGUGGCAUUUUCGUACUGCGCAAUUCCCUCUCCAUGAUGCUCAUUUCCCUCAGUUUGUCGGCGUGCACGUCAGUCAGACAGUGAAGCUUCAUGAGCGCCUGACACACGGCAGCUUCCCAUGUAGGCGCGAUACAAAUCGUCCCUGAUUGCUGACCUCUUCCUUAUGCCGUUUCUCGGCCUUCAGUGCCCUCCCGAUUCCCUCGCCCCUCCUCUCACACUCGUCCAGCCGCCUCAGCGCCAAAUACAGCAGCCGGCGUUCGUCCGUCUCGCCCCUGCUGCAUUGUGUCCCCUUAUCAGCCACCACCUUUAUUUCCGCCUCCUCGUGUAGUGGCGGGUGUGGCAUCGGUCGGAUCGCGUUGAGAAUGGCGUCGAGCGCUUGUUCGUGGGAGAUGGUCGUGAAGUCAGGGAGAUGUGUGUCUGGCUUUGGUAAAGACGGCGAGGGGGCGAAGGAGGGCGGCUCGUUCUGGAGGCUCGUGCACGAGUUGAGGGCCGUGGAAGGCUUGCCGUCGCAGUGAAGGGCUGCGGGCGUUUCGGUCCUUUGCUUGGUCUCUUCUUUGAUCACGUUGCCGAAACUAGCCUCGCUGUCUGUGUCUUCGUAGCCGUAAUAGAGGGAGCCAUCGCUGCUUGCCGAUACUCUCUCGGCCUGUCGGCGUGUCAGGCUGGCAGGUGGAAGCCCUUUCUGCUCUCUCAGUGUGUCGGACGCUCCACACAUGAAUGGAAGGAGACACACAUGUUUGAGGGAAGAUAGAGACGUCUGGAGUACCAAGCGAGUCGGCGCGCCACGUUGACAGAGGCAGCGCCGUGCUGUCACUGGUCCGCUGGGUGACAGGGGGCACCAUGGUCGUCUUCGUUGCUCCUCCCUUCUGUGUCCGCCGUCUGACAACCGCUUGGCGAACGAGACCAGGUCCUUCGCGUGUGACCUUCCCCGCCGGCAUGACCGCCACUGCUUUGGCGAAGACGGCCAUCUGCGGGCUGCCGACGCCAAAGACGCGCUUGAUCUCCUCCUGAAGGUCUUGCAAUGCAGCGUACUGCUGCGGAGACGGCAGAGAGGACGGACUGCUCUCCACACCUGCAAUGGCAUACGGACACCGGAGAUACACUUUGCAAUCAUUAUGUCGCCCUUCUGUUUUGCUGUACCAUCUGUGUGGCCAUUCCCAUGACACAACGACGCCAUUUCGAGACGGCUGCGGGCCAGCCCCCAGUCUCGUGCUGGGGGGAGGGAGGAGAUCCCGUGAUCCCGUCAUGUCCGAGGGUUUCAUUUGUCCUUUCUCACCCGGGGGGAAGCAAUUUCAAUGUCAUGGUGACCGCGAGGCAGAUCUCGAUGUGGUCAGCAUCUUACCCAAUCCGCACACGACUGACCGAAUCGACGAAGGCGAGAUGGCUGCCGACUGGCCCAUAGUGACAGUCCCCCAGAACAACCAAUGGCAUCAGGACGAUACCGACACAGAAGAAGGAGGCAACACCAGAGGGGCUCAGCCUGUGAGACCGCCGCAAUCACCUGGAGAUGCCAACCAGCCAACCGCCGUCUCGACAGUGUCGCUUACUCUCUCGCCUUCAGUCAGCCUGUAAACCGAGGAGAGAAACACAACAGCAGCCGGAGCAGGUAACAACGUCCUCACGACCACAGCUGACGAG